GCUCGUGCCGCUCCCCGUGGCCCGUUGCUGAAUUCUGCAAUGCGGUGGGUGUGGUUACUAUAAACUGGAGCGUGGACUUCUCCGCAGUGAUAGCGCUUUCCCUCGUGACUUUUUCCAGUUUUGUUUUUCUUUUUCAUCUCAAGCCAUUGAGAGAGAGAGAUCCCGAAAUAUUCCCACGACUGCAGGCUGGAAUAUUAACUUUAUAUGUGGAGGGGUGCAAGUUAAUGGUUAAUCAAUCAUGACGACUGAAACAGGGUCAGACUCUGAGUCCAAAAAGGAUCAAGAAAAGGAACAGCAGGGGAAGGCCGGCACCAAACAGCAAGGUCCAGGCCCCGCUGGUCAACAGCAGCAGGCCAGUGCGGUGGACGAACAGUACAGCGCAGAGGAGUUUCCUGCAGCAGCAGCACACAGCACCCCUGUAAAAAAAGAGCAGCACAACAGUGACAAGGAGCAGGACGAAGCCGUUGCUGCUAGUAAACAACACGAGUAUCAACUUUUGGAGGACGACAAGGGCUCUCAAAAAUCCUCUUCCAGCAAACUUUCAAAAUCUCCUCUGAAGGUAGUAAAAAGGCCAAAAAACAUGCAGUGCAAAGUCACGUUAUUGGAUGGCACAGAGUAUAUCUGUGAGGCAGAGAAACGCUCUAAGGGCCAGAUGCUGUUUGAUAAAGUCUGUGAACAUUUAAACCUUCUGGAAAAAGACUACUUUGGACUUACUUACCGUGAUUCGGAAAAUCAGAAGAACUGGUUGGAUCCAGCCAAGGAAAUCAAAAAGCAAAUCAGAAGUGGUGCAUGGCACUUUGCAUUCAAUGUGAAAUUCUACCCUCCGGAUCCUGCACAGCUGUGUGAGGACAUUACCAGGUACUACCUGUGUCUGCAGUUAAGGGAUGAUAUAGUAUCAGGACGCCUACCCUGCUCGUUCGUCACACAUGCUUUGCUUGGUUCCUACACUGUCCAGUCUGAACUAGGAGACUAUGACCCAGAAGAGUGCGGAAGUGACUACAUUAGUGAGCUUCGGUUUGCACCAAACCAGACUAAAGAAUUGGAAGAGAAAAUCAUAGAGUUACACAGAAGUUACAAAGGAAUGUUACCUGCAGAAGCAGAGAUGCAUUUUCUAGAGAAUGCCAAAAAACUGUCUAUGUAUGGAGUAGACCUACACCAUGCAAAGGAUUCAGAAGGAGUUGAAAUUAUGCUAGGUGUUUGUGCAAGCGGUUUGCUAAUAUAUCGUGACAGACUUCGAAUAAACCGGUUUGCUUGGCCCAAAGUCCUAAAAAUCUCUUACAAAAGGAACAAUUUCUAUAUUAAAAUCCGGCCAGGAGAGUUUGAACAGUUUGAAAGUACAAUUGGAUUUAAACUUCCAAAUCAUCGGGCAGCAAAGCGGCUAUGGAAAGUUUGCGUUGAGCACCAUACAUUUUUCAGAAUAACAUCACCAGACACAACUCCAAAGAAAUUCCUCACACUGGGUUCCAAAUUCCGCUACAGUGGCAGAACACAGGCCCAGACUAGAAGGGCCAGUGAAAAAAUUCAGCGCCCUGCACCUUACUUUGAACGGUCAUCUAGCAAGCGCUAUACUAUGUCCCGUAGCCUUGAUGGUGCAUCAGUGAAUGAAAACCAUGAGAUAUACAUGAAGGAUUCUGUAUCUGCCACAGAGGUUGGUACCGGACCGUACACCACUACCAAGGGCAUUUCUGCAACAAACUUGAUAAUGACUGUGACACCAGAAAAGAAAGUAGAAGAGGACCGGGUCGAAGACGAAGUAAGGAAGAGACUGGAGGAGAAUGAAGUCACACAAGUUACACCAGUCAGGCACGAUGCAAAGUCACCAACCUUGCUUGCCACUGAUCAUUUUUGUUUAUCAUCAUCACAUUCUGCCUCCCCCACAUCCUCAACUGAGCUUCGAAGGAGAUGUAAGGAGAACGCUCAAAGGCCAGCAAUCUGUGACCUACCUAAAGACAUGACCCAUGCAGCCAGUGAGUCCGAGCUGGACCCUGACCGAAAAGGAAAGCUGUACAUAGAUGAGAGAGACUUGCAGUCUGGCUAUAAAACAAAAACUUGUAAAGGUGGAACCAUGUUUUCUUUCUCCUUGCAUCUUCCGGACUCCUUCCCAAGUCUCCUGGAUGAUGAUGGCUACCUUGCAUUCCCUAACCUUUCUGAAGCUAAUAUACUGCCUGAAUGUGUGCUGCAUUUUCUGCCAAUCCGUUCACCAUCACUUCUUCCUAGUUUCCUUUUCAUAUUCUUUUUCCUUCUGUCCGUCUCAUUUUCUGUGCCUUAUGCCCUUACCCUAUCCUUUCCACUGGCUUUGUGCCUCUGCUACCUGGAGCCCAAGGCGGCUUCCUUCAGUGCUUCACUUGACAAUGACCUGAGUGACAGUUCAGAGGAAGAGACUGACAGUGAACAGACAGACACUGCUGCUGAUGGUGAAACCACUGCCACAGAGUCGGACCAAGAGGAGGAUUCUGAAUUAAAGACCCAGAGUUAUGUGAUUAAGCGAAUAAGGGGUGAAAAUGUAUAUGUCAAACAUAGCAAUCUUAUGUUGGAGGAUCUAGAAAAAUCCCCCGCAGAGAUACUAAAACACCAAACCAACAUAAGUGAGCUCAAAAGAACAUUUUUAGAAACAACAACAGAGUCCAAAGGGCUUAGUGAGUGGGAAAAGAGACUGGCUACGUCUCCAGUACGCACACGGCAAGAAGAUGCCCCCAUGAUUGUUCCACUCGUAGUCGAUGAGACCAAAGACCAUGAGAAAGCUGAUAAGGAGUAUGAAGCAGUGCAGAGACAAAGCACAGUAACAACUGUGAUUCAGACUGAAGAAAUCGGCAAGAAGGUAAAGGAUGAAAUAACCGGAGGCACACUGCUGACCACGCGGCAAACUGGAGUUCACAGGACUAUUGCGUCAUCUCCAGAGGGCACAGAGGACUGGGUUAUUGUAGACAAAAUGCCCACUAAGCUAGUAGAAGGUGAAGUGAAAAGCACUGUGCCAUGCAAAGCUGAUGAGGCACUUACUAGUAGAAGUGGUGUAACAUCAAUUGUGUCACAAUCCAGCAAAUGGGAAGCCAGGGACCUUGAAGCACUAAAAAGUGAAACGAAGUCAAAACAAGACAUACCAGAACAGAAAGUUUAUGUCCUGGGAAAAUCGUAUGAUGCUUUAUCUGGAAGGAUUGUGUCAGUGACAACAACUAAGGCUAAGGAUGUUAAAAGAGAAGCAGAGGUCGCAGCGUCUGACACUAAACGAAAGGUGCAGAAAGAAGCAUCAGAAACAGUGAAAAUCAUUCCAGUGGGGGCCGAAUAUGCAAUGCUGCAGCGAGAAACUAGUGACAAGUCCACAAAGGGGACUGAAAUACGACGCCCUGAAAGAAAAUUGUCAGAGCCUUUAUCUGUCAUUACUGAGGCAGCGUCUCAGAAUUCUAGCCCAGAAGAGAUUAUUGUUGAUAAAGAAGUUACAACAGCUUCACAGUUGUCCGAUGCCCAGGGUGUAUCACAGUGGGGCAGAACUUUUGGAAGCCAAGAAGAUGAUGUUUUUAAAACAAGAACAUUCACUGACGACUCAAAAUCAACGGACUGGCGAUAUUCGCGGGAGCGAGCUUUUACCAUCGCUACUGCUCACUAUGUAACAGAGUCAACAUCUACAUCAAGAGUGGUGAGUAAACAAUCAUCUGGUGAAAUAACCCGGGAUGGUUCAGACUUCUCCAAAUUAACUGGUUUUUCGAGAAAACCGGCUAGCUCUGUGGACUGGGUUACAUCCACUUCUGAUACAUGGUCUCAGCAGCCACCUGUUGUGAAAACAGAACCAAUAAGCUUUGGAAGUAUCAUUCAAGGAGAGAGGAGAGAAAUAACAAAGGAAGUACCUGUAGUUCAAACGGAAACAAAAACAAUUACCUACGAGUCAUCGCAGAUGGAUUCAGGUCCUGACAGUGAACCCGGUAUCCUAAUGAGUGCGCAGACCAUCACAUCAGAAAGCCCCGGCACCACAACCACCACACAUAUCACAAAGACUGUGAAGGGUGGCAUGUCAGAAACAAGGAUUGAAAAGCGUAUCGUAAUCACAGGCGAUGCCGACAUCGACCAUGAUCAGGCUCUUGCUCAGGCAAUAAAAGAGGCCAAAGAGCAGCACCCUGACAUGUCAGUGACCAAAGUGGUGCUACACAGAGAGACAGAAAUUACACCAGAGGAAGGUGGACGGAUAGAGGACUGACUAUAGGAAUAACUGCACUUUAACUGGAAAAGGCAAAAAAUAGCCAUCACCAGAAAUACAGUAUUCCUAUGGGAUACCAGUACAAUAUCACAGCACUAUCCUAAAUCUGCAGAUGGAGAAGACAUUGAGCACUGAGCACACUGCUGGAAUAUAGACUGCCUUCAUUACUGUGAAUAUUGGCAGCAGCCUUCCUUCAUGAAAGUAAUCAGCUUCAGGAUGACAGAUAAAUACUGCAUGAAUCAUGUAACACUAACUGCUACAUUUUGUUGUUUUCAUUGAAGAGAAUCCAAAGUUGCAACUGUACCUGCACGCUUACAGAAAGAUGGUACAGAUAUUAAAGAAGGGGUCUCAUGUAACAUAUUAAAACACUUGCCUUUCAUAGUUAAGGACUUAAUAGAUCAGUAAUAUGUUAGGUAGCAACCAUUUUGUUUACAGAUCAUUCAAGAUUACUCUGAAAUCCCUAGAAACUGUAUAGUGAAAAUGUUUAAUAUUAAUCCCUUGCAUUAGAUGUGCCAAUAACACCUAACCAAGUUUAUACCUAAUAAUCGUAACAACGUGAUAGUCAUAUCUGGGUUUCAUCUAAUCUAUUUUAUUAUCACUACAGUGGCUGCAGAUUGCUAUGGGUUUUAGUGAUCAAAUACUGCAUAUUUGCUUUAUAAGCGGAUUAUUUUUUCUAAAGAUAACCAUGGCAUUUUCACUUGGAAGCAAAGGGGAGAGCAACCACCAUCUCAAGGUUGCAUAUUAUCCAUAACAUUUUUGAAAAAUUGCACCAGUAUUUUUUCAGUUUAAUUGUGUACAAAAUUGUUAGUUCUGUUAAUUUUUUAAAUGUUAUAAUUUGUCUUUUUCAUUAAAAAUUAUUUUUAAUUUUGAAGUGUGCUCAGCAUUUACUCUAUGUCAAAGCCAAGCCUUAAAUUGUAAAUACUGAACUUCAGUUUUCAUCAUACACUGUUUAGUACUCCUAGUUAUAAAUAUAUGAAAUUAUUCCAUUCACCUGUCAGCUGCAUUAUGAUACAUGUUAAAUGUAUGUUUAUGCAUAGUGUAAUAAAAGUGAUAAAUGCAUUAAAGUUUAAUUUUAUUUUAGUAAUGUCCUGUAACUCAAAAUAAAAGGCAUGGUUGACCUGGAAGCAACUGGAAACAUCUGUAUUAGGCUUCAACCCAAUUUCAACCUGAUCUGUACUUACUAUGUACAAUCAUCCCUGUUGUAUUCAAUAAAGGACAGAAUGCUGAAAACUA